GGCUCUAUUUUCUGCUAUUGGGUUAUAGCAGGAGCUUCGGAUAGCCAGUCAUGGAUAUUUCUAUGCUUUACAUCGGUUCCUUUAUCUUACAGAUUCUGUUCAUGUUACCUCUCUCCAUUUCAUCCGAGCUGCAGACCCUGAAACAAACCUCGGGUAAUCCAUCUUCAUCAUUUCCUCCCAACUUUCUCUUCGGGACAGCCUCUUCCGCUUACCAGUAUGAAGGUGGUUACUUGAGCGAUGGAAAAGGUUUGAACAACUGGGAUGUUUACACCCACAAACCAGACAACGUAAUUGACGGAAGCAAUGGAGACAUAGCAGUGGAUCAUUAUCAUCGGUAUAUGGAAGACAUUGAUCUAAUGGUAUCACUUGGAGUCAACAGCUAUCGAUUCUCUAUUUCUUGGGCAAGAAUUCUACCUAAAGGGAAAUUUGGAAAGGUCAAUCCAGCCGGUAUCAACUUCUACAACAGGCUAAUUGAUGCUCUCCUGCUUAAAGGGAUUGAACCAUUUGUAACACUGACGCACGUUGAUCUUCCCCAAGAAAUCGAGGACAGAUAUGGAAGUUGGCUGAGUCCCGAAUCACAGGAGGAUUUUGCAUAUUUUGCAGACGUAUGCUUCAGGUCCUUCGGAGACCGGGUGAAGUAUUGGGUCACUUUCAAUGAGCCCAAUUACCAAGUCAAGUUUGGGUAUCGUACAGGUACAUUUCCACCAUCUCGUUGCUCCUGGCCCUUCGGGAAUUGUACCAGUGGGGAUUCAGAGAAGGAGCCUUUCAUAGCGGCCCACAACAUUAUCCUCUCACAUGCAGCCGCUGUCCAUAUUUACAGAACCAAAUACCAGGCGAAGCAAGGAGGCAGUAUUGGGAUCGUCUUGAAUUGCGCAUGGUUUGAGCCCAUCAGCAACUCUCUAGCUGAUAAGCUAGCAGCUGAGAGAGCUCAAUCCUUCUCUAUAAAUUGGUUCCUAGACCCAAUAAUAUUCGGAAGAUAUCCUCUUGAAAUGCAAAACAUUCUAGGAUCUAUUUUACCUGAAUUUUCAACAACUGAGAAAGAGAAGCUGCAGAAAGGAUUAGAUUUUAUCGGAAUUAACCACUACUCAAGUUCCUAUGUCCAGGAUUGCAUGUUUUCUGCGUGUGAACCUGGAACGGGAACCUCAAAGACAGAAGGAUUUUGGAGAGAAACUUCACAGAAAAAUGGCAUUCCUAUAGGAGAAUCUACUGACCUGGACUGGCUGUAUGUUUACCCUGGAGGAAUGGAGAAGAUUGUAACCUAUCUUAAAAAAAGAUACCAUAACAUACCCAUGAUCAUUACAGAAAAUGGAUAUGGGGAGGAGGGCAAAGCAAAUGCCACCAUUGAAGAUUUCUUACAAGAUGUCAAAAGAGCGGAGUACAUGGCUGGGUACUUAGAUGCACUGUCAACAGCGAUCAGGAAAGGAGCAGAUGUUAGGGGCUACUUUGCCUGGUCUUUGCUAGACAACUUUGAAUGGCAGUAUGGGUAUACAAGAAGAUUCGGACUUCACCAUGUUGACUAUAAAACACUGAAGAGAACUCCCAAAUUUUCAGCAUCUUGGUACAAAGAAUUGAUCGCAGAGCAUGGCAAAGUAAAAUACCAGACAACAGAACGUGUUCAAAAACACCCUUACUACUAUUAGCAUAAAUUGUUCCUUGCCGGUUUGAGAUUGUGCUUUCCCAAACAAUGAAAUGUUUCUCCCUUGUUACUGCCAACAACCCUCAUACUAAAAGUGUACUUAAAUGUAAAUUACUAGUAGACAAGAGAACAAAGAUUCAUUAAUUUUAAAUACAAAUUUACGAUGUUCGUCCAA